AUGGGAUGCUUGAUGUCUGCUUCAGCUAAAGGUGGUAAUGCAGGUCUAUUUCUAUUGUGCUUUAGUGUGGUUGAUUCUGAGAAUAAAGAUAAUUGGCUUUGGUUUAUAGAGAAGUUGCAUGGUAUUUUGGAUGAAGAGAGAAGGGUUGUUUUUAUAUCUGACCGUCACAAAGGAAUAAAAGAAGGUAUUGCUAAGGUGUUUCCUUUAAGCUUUCAUGCUUAUUGUCGUUAUCAUUUGAAGGGUAACUUGUGUACUUGUUUGGCUUCCACAAAUGUCAUGUAUAAAGAGAAUUUGAUCAGAGUGUUUUCGAAAUGCGCUUAUGCUCCCACUGUGGUAAAGUUUAAUAAGCAUAUGGGUAAUUUGCUGAAACAUAGUGGUGCAGUAGUUGUUCAUUUUCUGUCGGAGUUGCCUAAUGAGCGCUGGGCGAAUGUUUAUUUCCCGGGCCAACGUUAUGGAGUAAUGUCCUCUAGUCUAGCUGAGUGCUUUAACUCAUGGAUAUUGAAAGAGCGUGAAUUGCCCGUGGAGGAUAUGGUUGAUUGUAUAAGGAAGAAGAUGAUGAAAUCAAUGUGUUUGAGGAGAGAAAAGGCAAGUAAAUGGAAGCAGGUGAUUUGUCCUUAUGGGGAGUCUCGGUUGGAAAAGUUAUAUGAUUUAGUUAAAACAUGGAAAGUGAUUCCUUCAAGUGCUGAUAUAUUUGAAGUUAACACCGAUCUGUCUUUGAAUAGAUUCCCUUGUUGUCACGCUGUCUAUGCUAUCAAAUAUAGUGGUAAGGAUUUGAACUUGUAUGUAGAGCAUUAUUUUCACGUUGAGAGUUAUCAUGAGGUGUAUUCAAAACCAAUUUACCCGGUUGCAUCAUUAUGGAAAUGUGAUGUGGUUGAUUGUGGUACUAGUAUUUUACCACCCUUGUCAAAAAAACCUCUACGGAGGCCUAAGAAGAAGAGAAUUUGUUCGAAUGGGGAGAAGGUUAGAGAAAUGAAGUGUGGUAGGUGUGGGAAAAUGGGAAAUCAUAACAAACUUACUUGUAAGGAGGAUUUGAAGCCUGGUUUUUAG